UCCUUGGACUUGCCUUCGCGCGUGUUUGAGUUUGCUAGAUUUGCGCGAUUGUAUUGUGCUCAAAUUUGAGUAAUAUUGGCGUGUCAUAUUCUUGAAUCCGUUACAGAGCAACACCAUGCCUAUCUGAUGUUCAAACUCUAAAUGCAGCUUUCAGCUCGAUGAACUGUCUCGCUGCCUCUCCCAAACAAGUGGACGAACUAUGAACGCUAUUCCGAAGCUGUCUCCGCGCCCCUGUUCGACGCUCGAUGUUCCAGAGUUAGGGCUACAACCUGCUGACCCACUGAUUCCACGACCAAGAGCAAAUGUUCCAUUGUACUUGUUGCUAGAGUCCUUGCUAGAGCAACUCUGCAUAUUUUAUGAGAAUGAUGCCAGUAUAAGAAAGGAACUGUUCUUAGCAUUACGCCGCCGUUUGAGUCAGCUUCAGUUACUGGAUCAUACUCCUGAUCUUCAAGAAGUAUCCUCCAUCCGACUUAGGUUUCGUCGGGCUUUUGGAGCACUUGUUGGUGAUGUGAAGAGAAACUUGAGGAGUUUGGUAAGUACCAGCCUGACGAUAGCUUGGUGCCCAUUCCUGGGUAAGUCGGCAUACUGGCUAGACCCUCUGUUUAAUGCCAAAGCUGUCAAGUUGGUAGAAUGUGCACUGCAUUAUUGUCGAUCAUCACGUGUUGCCCACCCUUGCAGACCGAGACAGGACUUUGCUAUCCAUGGUUUCGAUGAGGUUGACGGUCGACAAGGGCGCUACUUAUAUGAUUUUGAAGAAAUCGAAGAGAUUGCUCAAGGUGGCUUUGGAAUUGUGUGCAAGGCAAAGAAACGAAUGGAUGGAUAUGUUUAUGCCAUCAAGAAGAUUCCGUUCAAGUAUUAUGAUCACAAGCUGCUGAAACAGAUACUCAGAGAGGUUGAGCUCCUUGCCCAGCUUUCACAUCCUCAUGUUGUGGCCUACAAGACUGCCUGGAUCGAGAACAUGCCAGUAGUGACAGUCACUGAAGGCCUAUCAGCUGUCGACAGCUGUCAAAGUACCAUACCCUUAUCAUCGACGUCGCACACUUAUGGGAACACCACGAGCCCUAGUUGCCAUUGCUCCUCCCAGCAGGCGUCGAAGAAGAGCUCGGGCAUGCCAAGGCCCUCGCUGCAGCGCUCAACUAGUUUUUUCACUGAAAGCGACGACAGUAAUUGUGUCAAUAACGGAGACCAGGAAGGCCGGUGUGCUUCACUCCAAGAGCCUUCUGAUGCGAACAUUGUUUUCGCUAGUGGUGAUUCACUUUUUUCAAGGACAGAAUUCCAUAUGCGUGUCCGGCACAGUUCUAGGAGUGACAGUGAAAUCAGAAAGAGCAUGACCGACACAUUCAAGUAUUCGAGAAGGAAAACGUCGAGUGAUGAAUCGGGAGAACGCAGGAUUGAAACGGCGAGGGAACAUGCUUUCCAGCUGCUAAAUGCUUCGAAUGUGAAAGGUGUAUUGUUCAUUCAAAUGGAGCUGUGCUCUGGCAACCUGGCUGACUGGUUAGCAUCUCGCAACCGUAAAAUAGAAGAAGGCUUGGAGAAUUGCGGUGUCAACAUUGAAGGGGCCCUUGCCAUCUUUAAGCAGAUUUUGAAAGGUGUUCAGUACAUCCAUUCCCAAGGGCUUAUCCACAGGGACCUGAAGCCUCAAAACAUUCUGUUUGACAGCAAAGGAUCUAUAGUGAAGUUGGGUGACUUUGGACUGGCCACCAUGAACUGUCAGGACAGUGGCCAAGAGCUUGGUUCGCACCAGUGGAGACAGAGUUUGGGACAUACACAGGGUGUUGGCACAAGCCUGUAUGCUGCUCCGGAACAGCGGCAGGCCUUCUACAAUGCCAAGGUGGAUAUAUAUAGCCUGGGAGUGGUGCUGACUGAGCUGGCCUGCCCCUUCUUCACCGCCCAUGAACGAAUCUCGGAACUCCAGAAGCUACACCAGGGGUGCCUGCCGAGCUCGCUUAGGAAUCAUUUACCAAUCGUGGCAUCUACUGUUCAGGCAAUGUGCCACCAGGAUCCAAAGGAGAGACCAAGCGCAGCAGAGAUAUUACAUUCACCACUUUUUAUUGCCAAGGAUGAGAUUAUCAAAGAUCUGAAAAACAACUUAGUCGAGCUGAAAAACAACUUAGUCGAGCGUCAAAAGGAGAUAGAAGACCUUAAGGAAUCCCUCAGAAUGAAGACCCUGGAGCUGCAGUGGUAUCAGGAGCAUUAUGGUCCUAGCAGUUUAAAUCAGCAAUAGUCUGUCUAAGAGCAGUUGUCUUGAGGGGGGGAAGGGGGAGGGGUGGAGGGUUGUUGUGCUGCUGCUCUUCAAAGUAUGAAAGCCAUUGAUGGUAGGUAAUGUGAUAACCUUGUGCCAAAAAUAUUCAAUAAACUAUUUUUUAUAAAGGGGA